CUAACAGCUGUAUCUGUCACACUCUAUCUGGUCGGGACUCUGAGCGCACAUCCGAGAACUUCAACUUGGAGCAACAUGUUGUCCUUACUGGCCUUCUUUUUUGCGUGCCAUGUGGCUCAUGGCGCAGAGGUGUGUUACAUGAACCUGGGAUGUUUCUCUAACAUCGCGCCGUUCUGGGGCCUGAACCGCCCGCUGUCCGCUCUACCAGACGCCCCUGACGUCAUCGGGACUAAGUUCUACUUGAACACCCGCGCUAACCCUACUAUGGCCCUUCGGGAACGUUUGGUCUCGAACUCUCCCGCCACGUUCUCGGCAUCGCACUUCAGCUCGUCCCGCCCGUCCAUGAUGAUUAUUCACGGGUUCACCCACAGCGCACAGCACGACUGGGUCCAGCGUAUGGUGGACGAACUGUUGAAGAAGGAGGAUGCCAACGUGGUCACCGUUGAAUGGUCGGAAGGGGCAACCCUCACGGGGUCUUACGAACAGGCCGUGGCCAACACCCGGGUGGUUGGAGCGCAGGUGGCGGAGCUGAUCACCUACAUGGGGAAUUAUGAAGUGUCUGGACAGAACUUCCACAUCAUCGGCCACAGCCUGGGGGCCCAGAUCGCCGGGUAUGCAGGGGAUACACUGGGUAACCUCGCCAGGAUCACCGCUCUUGAUGCCGCUGAGCCGUACUUCGACGGCAUGGACGCCGUGGUCAGGUUGGACCCCACCGACGCCCGCUUCGUUGACGUCAUCCAUACGGACGGGUCCCCGUUCAUCGGUACGCUGGGGAUGGGCACGAACCUCCCCAUCGGUCACGUGGACUUCUACCCCAACAACGGCAUGUACCAGCCAGGCUGUAACGACAACGUCGUGUCAACAGUGGUGGCAACCGGUGUGGGGCUGCUCACGGAUGGGUAUGACGGUGCUGAGGCAGCUUUGGCGUGCAGUCACUUGAAGGCCCUCGACUUCUUCACUGAGUCCAUCAACUCUGAGUGUCCCUUCACCGCCUACCCAUGCGAAAGCUUUGAGAAGUUUAAGCAGGGCUUCUGUCUGAGCUGUCCUAGCAGUAGCAGCUGCUCACAGAUGGGAGCUCGCGCCAGGGACCACUAUGGCGCCCGCGGGUCCAUGUACCUCAUGACCACCGAUGGAUCCAAUGGGAAAUACUGCGCUUACCACUACAAGGUGCAGGUGACGUCAUCCAACCCGAUGGCUCAGGCUGCCGGCCGCAUCUACGUCACUUUCCAAGGACCAACCGGCAUCACGGACUCUAUGGAGGUCACCGACGAUAACAUACAGCUGCAAGGGGGCGUGACGUACCAGAAGACGGUGAUCAGCCCUGAGGAGAUUGGUGACGUCACGAGGGUUCACGUCCGGUUUGCCCGCUCCAGCAGCCUGUGGGACAUCUUCGCCGCCCAGUACUACACCCUCAACAAGGUCACUAUCACGGCGGGCGAGAGUCAGGAUGGCUACCGAUUCUGUGCCGGUGACACUCAGAUCAGGAACGGGGAGACUAUUACAUUGACUGCUGCGGGAGGGAACUGUUAAAAAGCCUCUUCACACAGAAGAAAGAAGACUUAUCAGUAACAGCGAAACAUGAGAAAUAAAUUUGCCUAACAUGA